AAUAGAGGUUGAUCUUAAGCUUAUUUCUUCACACUUCACACACAUACACAUACAUUAAAGACUAGGUAUAUAUUACUUAUUAGUAGUGAUCAUGGCUAAGUUUACUUCCAUCAUUGUCCUUCUCUUCGCUGCUCUUGUCCUUUUUGCUGGUUUCGAAGCACCAACAAUGGUGGAAGCACAGAAGUUGUGUGAGAGGCCAAGUGGGACAUGGUCAGGAGUUUGUGGAAACAAUAAUGCGUGUAAGAAUCAGUGCAUUCGACUUGAGAAAGCACGACAUGGAUCUUGCAACUAUGUCUUCCCAGCUCACAAGUGUAUCUGCUAUUUCCCUUGUUAAUUCCAUAAACUCUUUGGUGGUUUAAUAGUGUACGUAUUUUACAUAUAAUUAAUAAGUUUGUGUCACUAUCUAUUAGUGACUUUAUGACAUGUACCAGGUAUGCUUAUGUUGGUUUGGUUGUAAUAUAAAAAAGUUUUCGGAUAUAAUAAUAAGAUAAUAAGCUCAAGUCA